CCACAUAAUCACACAUUCACAUAUCCAUUUCCAUCCUUCAAAAAAAACAUACAAUCCAAACAAACCCCCAACUUUUUACAAAAACCCAAAACCACAUCCGACAUCACUCCGGCCCAUAUCCGGCAAUGGCGAUUCCGGUGACAUCAUCAAUCUUACUCACAAUCCUAAUAACUAUCUCAACGACGUCGUAUUUAGUCGAAUCAAGUACUAACAACAAUCACGUGUACUCUCCGUGCACCGAUACGACAGUAGAGAGAUCUGACGGAUUCACUUUCGGAAUCGCUUUUUCAUCCAGAGCUUCGUUUUUCUUCAACAGCUCUGUUCAGCUGUCUCCUUGCGAUAGACGUCUGAAUCUGAAUUCAAACUCUCAGUUAUCGGUUUUUCGACCUAAAGUCGAUGAGAUCUCUUUGCUUACGGUUAAUAAUACUAACUUCCAGCCGGAUUCUGUUGGUGGGUAUAUGGUUGCAUUUGCUGGUAGAAAGUACGCUGCUAGGUCGAUCCCUGCAUUUGUUGCAAACAGUACAUACAUCGUUACCAGUUUCACUCUGGUAUUGGAGUUCCAAAAGGGCAGACUACAGAACUUGUACUGGAAAAGAGACGGUUGUUCAUCAUGUUCAGGGAAGAGCAACUUUGUGUGCCUCAAUAAUCAGGACUGCGCCAUCAGGACUAGUUCAUGCAAAAACAGAGGGGGAAAUGUCGACUGUAGCAUUGGAAUACAACUCGCGUUUUCUGGAACUGAUAAGCAUGAAUCUGUUUUCAACUCCUGGUACGAGGUCAAAAAUCUCCGUCAAUACUCGUUAUUUGGUCUUUACAAAAAUCUCAAGGAUUCUCUUACUAGCCAAUAUAAUAGUUUCUUUUAAGUUUUUAUGUUACUGAAUCACGGCAUGGUAACUGUUUUUGUAUUUGUUGUGUGAAAUUUAUCUUUGGAAAUUUUUUAUAUUCUUGUAAAUUAUUGUACCCAAAGAGUUGAUAUGAACAUUUGACAUGUUUUGCAA